GGGUGGGGGCGGGAAGGAGGGUUGCACAUUUUACAGCUCACUGACCAUUUGGCGAUCCAUUGAGAGGAGGGUUUGGAAAAGUGGCUCCUUUGUGACAGCUCUAGCCAGAUUGGGGGGCUGCGUAUUUGCAUCUCAUUAGCCAUGCGGGCGGCCGGCGGAAUAUAAGGGCGACGGCGCCGGCAGAGCCAGGUCCUCGGCGCGCACCCGCGGAGCCCCGGCCGGCCAGGCCCAUCGCUGCCGAGCACCGGCGCCGAGGCGCAAGGCCUCCGCCCACGACCCGGGCCCCCGGAUCCCGUGCGUGUUUACUUGGAUGGCGUUGGCUGGGUUUCUCCCGAAGACGCGUAUCUCUGCGGUGGCACAGGAGACGCGAGGCCGGAGUGCUCCCGGCGUGGCCGCCGCCGCUGAGUGACCCGGCCGGGCUGCAGGGCGCGCCGCGCACCCGGAGCGUCCCUCCACGCGCCCCGCCGGGCCGGGAUUAUCGCCUCGCCGGUAGGAUUUCCAGACCGCGGCUUUCUGACCGGACUCGGAGGGAGCCUCUGCAGCUCUUUGGGAAUUAAGCUGAAUAUCUGGACGCUUUCUCCCCCCCCCCCACCCCUCUCUCCCUUUUCUUUCCUGCGGAGAAGCUUAAGACAAAACCAGGAAGCGGACGACCCUUAACUACCCGUGGAUUGCAAGGAAGGAGGAAAACCGAAAGUUGCCGCUGCGGUAGCACUGUCUCCGCGAGAGCCUUUUCCUGGUGCAUCCCCAGAGCUGCCGUCAGCCCCCAAGGGCGGAUCUAGAGAACCUCGGCCUCUGAAGGAGCCGGGGCCAGAGCCGGCUCGAGGAGACCGACGUCCCGAUUAUCCCAGCCUGGGGCAAGGCGGCGGCGCUUCUCUGCCCACGCCCCCGGGGGCACAGUCACCCCCCUGGCAUUCCCUGCUGUUUGAAGAAGAGGAUCCCGGGGAGACACGGGAAGAGACAGCGCGUCGAGCGGUCACCAUGGGCCGUCGGUGCGCCCUGGCCCUCGCCGUGGUCUCGGCCCUGCUGUGUCAGGUCUGGAGCUCCGGGGUGUUCGAGCUCAAGCUACAGGAGUUCGUCAACAAGAAGGGUCUGAUGGGGAACCGCAAUUGCUGUCGCGGGGGCACGGGGCCGCCGCCGUGCGCCUGCAAGACCUUCUUCCGCGUGUGCCUCAAGCACUACCAGGCCAGCGUGUCCCCCGAGCCGCCCUGUACCUACGGCAGCGCCGUCACGCCCGUGCUAGGCGUCGACUCCUUCAGCCUGCCAGACGGCGCGGGCACAGACCCCGCCUUCAGCAACCCCAUCCGCUUCCCCUUUGGCUUCACCUGGCCGGGCACCUUCUCCCUGAUCAUUGAAGCUCUACACACAGAUUCUCCUGACGACCUUGCAACAGAAAACCCGGAGAGACUCAUCAGCCGUCUGGCCACGCAGCGGCACCUGACGGUGGGUGAGGAGUGGUCCCAGGACCUGCACAGCAGUGGCCGCACGGACCUCAAGUACUCUUACCGCUUCGUGUGUGAUGAGCACUACUACGGGGAGGGCUGCUCUGUCUUCUGUCGUCCCCGGGACGACGCUUUUGGCCACUUCACCUGCGGGGAGAGAGGGGAAAAAGUCUGCAACCCAGGCUGGAAAGGCCAGUACUGCACUGAACCAAUCUGCUUGCCAGGAUGUGAUGAGCAGCAUGGGUUCUGUGACAGGCCAGGGGAAUGCAAGUGCAGAGUGGGCUGGCAGGGCCGGUACUGUGACCAGUGCAUUCGGUACCCAGGCUGUCUCCAUGGCACCUGCCAGCAGCCCUGGCAGUGCAACUGCCAGGAAGGCUGGGGGGGACUGUUCUGCAACCAGGACCUGAACUACUGUACACACCACAAGCCCUGCAAGAAUGGGGCCACCUGCACCAACACGGGCCAGGGAAGUUACACCUGCUCCUGUCGGCCAGGGUACACGGGGGCCAACUGCCAGACGGAGAUCGAUGAGUGCGGCACCAGCCCCUGCAGGAAUGGAGGGAGCUGCAGGGAUCUCGAGAAUAGCUACUCCUGCACUUGCCCACCCGGUUUCUACGGCAGGAUCUGCGAGCUGAGUGCCAUGGCGUGUGCCGAUGGCCCUUGCUUCAAUGGGGGCCGGUGCUCAGACAACCCUGAGGGAGGGUACACCUGCCACUGCCCCGCGGGCUUCUCUGGCUUUAACUGCGAGAAGAAGAUGGAUGCCUGCAGUUCUUCGCCCUGUUCUAAUGGCGCUCAGUGUGUGGACCUUGGCGACGCCUACCUGUGCCGCUGCCAGGCCGGCUUCUCUGGGAGGCACUGUGAUGACAACGUGGAUGACUGUGCCUCCUCCCCGUGUGCCAACGGGGGCACGUGCCGGGACGGCGUGAACGAGUACUCUUGCACCUGUCCGCCCGGCUACACGGGCAGGAACUGCAGCGCCCCCAUCAGCAGGUGCGAGCACGCACCCUGCCACAACGGGGCCACCUGCCAUGAGAGGGACCGCCGCUACCUGUGCGAGUGCGCCCAGGGCUACGGGGGUCCCAACUGCCAGUUCCUGCUCCCUGAGCCGCCUCCCGGCCCUGUGGUGGUGGACCUCACCGAGAAGUACGUGGAGGGCCAGCCUGGGCCGUUCCCCUGGGCAGCUGUCUGUGCCGGUGUCGUCCUUGUCCUCAUGCUGCUGCUGGGCUGCACUGCUGUGGUGGUCUGCAUGCGGCUGAGGCUACAGAAACACCGGCCCCCUGCUGACCCCUUCCGGGGGGAGACGGAGACCAUGAACAACCUGGCCAACUGCCAGCGAGAGAAGGACAUCUCCGUCAGCAUUAUUGGGGCCACACAGGUCAAAAACACCAACAAGAAGGCCGACUUCCACAGAGACCACAGUGCCGCCGAUAAGGACGGCCUCAAGGCCCGCUACCCGGCUGUGGAUUACAACCUGGUGCAGGACCUCAAGGGUGAUGACACCAUCGUCAGGGACCCCCACAGCAAGCGUGACACCAAGUGCCAGCCCCAGGGCUCUGCGGGGGAGGAGAAGGGCACCCCGACACUCAGGGGUGGAGAAGCAUCUGAAAGAAAAAGGCCAGACUCUGUGUAUUCCACUUCAAAAGACACGAAGUACCAGUCGGUGUAUGUCAUAUCAGAGGAGAAGGACGAGUGCAUCAUAGCGACUGAGGUGUAAAAUGGAAAUGAUAUGGCAAAAUUCCUGUUUCUCUUAAAAUAAAUAAAAUUCCAAGGAUAUAUGCCCCAACGAAUGCUGCUGAAAGAGGAAAGGGAGACCCCUUCACGGACUGCUGCUGAGAAACUAAAUUCAGACUGAGCUGGUUCUCUUCCUGAAGUUAGCAAUUGACGCGACGAGCAGGCUGCGGGCUCAGCGGGUGUUCGAGGAUGCCUGUUGCACUGCCUCCUACGACGCUCCCAUUGCACUAUGGACAGUUGCUCUUUAAAAAAUAUAUAUUUAAAUGAAUGGACUUAAGUUCUACAUAAGAAGCAUGCACUGCCUGAAGUGUAUAUUUUGGAUUCUUACGAGCCAGUCUUUUCUUGAAUUAGAAUCACAAACACUGCCUUUAUCGUCCUUUUUGAUACUAAAAUGUGUUUUUUCUAGGUGGAAAAAAAGUGUGUGUUAUUUUUUGGACUUGUAAAAAUAUUUUUCAUGAUAUCUGUAAAGCUUGAGUAUUUUGUGAUGUUCAUUUUUUAUAAUUUAAAUUUUUGGUAAAUAUGUACAAAGGCACUUCGGGUCUAUGUGACUAUAUUUUUUUGUAUAUAAAUGUAUUUAUGGAAUAUUGUGCAAAUGUUAUUUGAGUUUUUUACUGUUUUGUUAAUGAAGAAAUUCCUUUUUAAAAUAUUUUUCCAAAAUAAAUAUUAUGAAUGACAACCAGAGGUGUGCUUACUCACGCCUCCGAGCAGGCUUGUGCUCACUCACUCGUUGAACAAGGCCCUGAGGACAGAGAUGACCUCCGCUUUUCCACUUCUAACGGCUUUGCUGGUUUCAUCGGAUUUAUUAAAAGAACUUUCCUCGCUCCUCUGCCCCCUUCAGACAACCCUCCAACAUCGUUCUCAGGUCAACGUAAGGAGCUGGCAGAGCUGCUGGUGGCUGGUUUCCUGAGCAGCCUCCUCAGCUCCCUGGGGAUUCUUAAGGCACUUUCGACUCAAUGUCACGUUUGAUGGGUGCCGAGAAACCUCAGCUGGCCACCCUCUGAGACUUAUGUUUUUAAGGACAGGAACAAAGCCUCAUUUGAGGCACAUUUAUGUUGCCAUGGC